AAUCUCUGUUAAAUCGGACCGAAAUCCCUACUCUUGCACGUAUUUAAUUUAUGUACAUACUUUUCAACACAUAUCUACCAAACGGUAGUACCCAUAAGAAUACUAUGCAACAAAAAUGUAUUAGCAACGCUCACGUUACCGCGUUUCGAGCGUUUCAACUCAACACGACUGGCUUUUAUUGUAUUCGGGCCAGAAACGUGCCUACUUUUGCUCGCUUUUCGAAUGACCAUUUGACUUGACAAAUUUAUCAAGCCAAAACGUGUCGAUCGCGAUCGGUUCCACUUUGAGCGGUCAGAAGGGAAGUUUACGCGGGUGCUCGAGAGGGUGCGGAUGCCAAAAUGACCUGGGAUGAGAUUCUUGUGGCGUGAAAGUUACCAUUCAGUGUGCGAAGAAGUUUCAUUCGGAUGGUUGUUGACAAAUUUUAAGGCAUAUAGUAGGAAAUUUCGUUAGCAAUGGAACGUGUAGAUUCGACAAGACAUGGGAAAGGGAGCCAGUAAAUUGAAGAAAAAGUCUAGUUUACAGAGUCUUUCUUGGAGCAAAUUCGGCUCUUUGCCGCUGCGCUCGAGCAAGCACCAGUCGAAGAGGGAACAUCUGCCGCUACCGCCGCCUCCGAAGAAGCACAAGGAUGUGGCCGUGUGGCUGCGCGAGCUCGAGCUGGAGGUGUACCUGCCGCUGUUCGCGAAGUACCCGGGCGUCGAGGAUUUGCUGGAGCUCUCUGAGCAGGAUAUCAAGGAGCUGGGUGUGAGGAAGUCGUCGCAUCGGGCGAGGAUCAUUUCUAGUCUGACUUGUUUGAGGGCUAAAUAUCACGAAAAUGGUGUCAAGAAAAUUCCCGUGCGACACAGCAUGGCGGUGGAUAGCAGAAAUAAAAUCACCAGGGAAGAUACCAUAACUGACCUGAGAAUAGUGAGCGAAGCCGUUCAGAGUAAAAGUUUGAACAACCUCAUAAUGGAACCAACAGCAGAUCCAAAUUUGAACGCGUCCGAGCUGCGCAAGGCGCUCGAAUGGGAGCUGUCGCUGGACAGCCGAGACCUACGCAGCCACGCCUGGUACCACGGCGCCAUACCGCGCGUCCGCGCCGAGGAAAUCGUCCGGGAGGAGGGCGAGUUCCUCAUCAGGGACUGCACGUCGCAGCCGGGCAACUACGUGCUGAGCUGCCGCACCAAGACCCAUCCUCUGCACUUCGUCAUCAACAAAAUCGUCCUGCAACCGGACACGGUGUACGAGCGCGUGCAGUACCAAUUCGAAGACGAGGCCUUCGACACCGUUCCCGAUUUGAUCACGUUCUACGUCGGCUCGGGGAAGCCCGUCACCGUGGCGUCCGGCGCUCGGAUACAGAGCCCCCGGAACCGGAUGUACCCGCUGUCUUUCUACGCUACCAAAUACCCCACGCCGUUGCCGCAGAGCAGGCUCACGUCGCCGGCCACGACGCCCAUAGGACACCAAUACAGACAUCCUCUGCAACCCCACAGGUCCAAUAACUCCCCGACCAGACCGUCGAGAGACGGAGCCCCCAGGUUGCCGUCGAAGAAACAAAGAUCGCAAUCGUUAACACCAUCAGAGGUCAACAGGAUCUCCCAAGAGAAGUGCAACAGCGCCGACGGCGUGAUCCAAUCGCCUCUGAUGACCAGAUCGGCCGGCGCCGAUACCAUCAACGCCUCGUUGCGGUUCACCUCGCACUCGCUGCCGCGCAAUCCGCACAACAAGCUCUCCAUAUCGUGCAGCUCCAGCACGUUGGGGCGCGACACGAGGAGCCGGCUCGGCGGAGACGCCGGCUUCGAUUCCGCGCUGUCGGAGUCGCCGCCGCCGAAGCCCGCCCGCCUGCCGAGCGCCGCGAAGCCGGACGCGGAGGCGGCCGAAGGGCGGUACAGCCUGGGCAGCCUGCAGCGCGUCACGUCGUACCACGCGUCCGGCUCGGAUUCGGGCAACGGUUCCGGCGAUUCGGCGCUCAGUUCGGCCACCGAUCCGCCGGACGUGCCCAGCAAGACCGGCGGCGUGGUGAUAAAGAACCCGCGCUACAACAUGAGCGCCUCCGAGUCGUCGACGACGCUCAAGAACCUGGACAUCGAUUGGGCGACGGCCGAGGAGAAGCUGUCGCAGAUGGAGGUGGUGCGGUGCGAGCCGGGCUCGCGCUUCGAUUUGGAGAACUUCCAAACGUUGUUGUUGCCGGUCAACGAGAACAAGCCGCUGGACGGGCAGGCGCUGCGUAGGAUCAAAAUGACUCUGUUCGAAUCGGGGCCGAGGGUGCUGGCCAAUCACCUGACCAGAACUGAUUUAGAUUUAAUUUUCGGUGAGAACGCGAGUGAGGAUAGUGUCACGUCUAAGUUGACUGCGGGACUUAAUUUGUGUGUUUUGCCGCACGGUAGGCAGUUUAGACUGGAUCUUAUCGAAAGAACUGAAUGUAUAAAAUUAUUAGUGGCUGUUACAAUACUAACAUGCGCUGACGAAUCGGAGCGAACGGACAUUUUAAAUAAAUGGAUCGAAAUAGCGAUCGACACCAAAACAGCGCUCGGAAAUCUGUUCGGAUUCUGCGGCAUCAUGCUCGGAUUAUGUUUACCACAGGUGGAAAGAUUGGACACGACAUGGCACAUGUUGCGGCAGAAAUACACGGAUUCCGCCUUCAAUUUCGAAGCGAAACUCCGUCCGACUUUGAAGAACAUGAACAGCUGCUCGAAUCCCCAAGCCCCCAACACCACCAUUCCCCAUCUACUGCCGUUAAUUCUGCUCUUAGAGCGGAACAUGGUGGACUUUUUGAAUCCCAACGAACAGGACCUGCUGUCGCAAAUGACCCUGGGAUUCUGGGAGUGGAACACGCAGGAUUUCGGCAUCACGAUACUCUCGAAUCACUUGGACACCGCCAGAAAAUAUUUGGAACUAUCCCCGACAUAUCAGAGGAACGCCGAAAUCGUGCUGGGGGACGCGCGAACGGACGAAUUAACAUUAGACAUGUUUCGAACAGAGUUUCAUUUAAAAUUCUUGUGGGGGAGCAAAGGUUCGUGCGCGGACCCGGCCGAGAGGCAUUCGAAAUUCGAGCAAGUCCUGACCGUGCUGGCCGAAAAAUACUGCCGGGCGAGGAGUGAUAGUGAAGUGUAAUUGGCGAAUGUGAUGGAUCAGAUUGGCGAAAACAGGUCUCAUCAACGCGGAUUCGUUCCGGUACGAGUACCGGACCGGUUCGAAAUUUAGUGCGCUUGCGUAGGAUCGUUUUCAGUUCGGGAAUUUUGUCAAAACGAACCUAGAGAAAUACUGUUAGACUGAGAGAUAUAAUCGAUAGAUAAUGUAGACUAAAAUAUUCACUAUUUAAUGGUAAAAGCGUUCGUGCCAAAUAUAUAAAUAAUUAACUAAAAUUAUAAGGAAAAAACCACAUAUAUUUAUACAGUUUUAUAAGUCUUGCAGUAUUUUGAGGUAGAAGUUUAUUCGAUGUAUUUAUUAAGAACUUUAUCUGACCAAUUGAUCGUCUUUUGAAGCAACGAAAUGAAUCAUUCUAAUAGCAAACUGAUUCGAUAAUUAGAUAAUUGAUGAGACUGCGCUCAAUUUGCUCAAUAAUGUCUCAAAAUUGAGAUUGAAAUUACAAAAUAGGGGAUUUUUUACCUACUUAAUAAUCAAUUUGUAUACUAAUAUACCACUUACGAAUGUAUAAAAACUCUUCUAUUUUCGAUUCAAUUAAAUCACUUACUGGUUUGUUUGAAUCGUUAUACAUAUCAAAAAAUGUAAUUAAUGAUAAUAACCAAAUCGCUUGGUUUAUGAUUUUAAUAGAAAAAAAAUAGCGUAAAAAAUUAUAAGCUUUAAGUAGACUUUUAGAAUUUUUAUAAAAGGGUGCUCAUUUAUUAUUAAUAUUAGGAACAAUUUGGUCUAAUUGCAGAAUUUUUAAAUUGUUUAAUAGUCUCAUAAAUGACAAUACAAAAGAAGACUGGUAAUUUCUGUUGCAAUAAAAAUGUCAUUCUUGUGCAGUUUUUAAACGCUACAAACAUAUUCGAAGUGAGCUUAUAUAAUAUUUAUUAGCUGUUAUUUACACAAUAUUUUUUCUUGUUAUAUAUUUCAUCCAAUUUGUACCUACAAUUAUCCCAAUGAAUCUAAAUUUACUUGUAACAUACAAUUUUAUGGAGGUUUAAUCACAGGUUUAUUUUAAUAUUUAGUGUCUUCCAACUUUAUAUUGUGUCCACAAACUGCAAUGCCAUUGAUGUUUUUUAUUUAUUUUGCUGUGAUUAGCUAACAAACAGGCCUAAACUAUUGUUAUUUAGCUUUCUUAUAUUGUUUUCAAUUAGUAGAUCCAAACCUCGUUCCUAUAAGUUAUACAGUUAAGUGCAAAUUUGUAUGCAAUAUGGUCUAUGGGUGCAACAAAGACAACUUUCAUUAGUUUCGUAUAAAGGAAGAAGAGUGAUAUAGUGAUAAGUGCAACUUUCUCACUCUAACCACUGUUAUUUUAAUAAUCUUUCUUUGUUCAACUCAUAGAAUUGACCAUAUUGCAAACAAAUUAGCACUUACCAAUAUAUCAAACUAUGUUGCUGUGAAUUAUCGAGUACCACGGACUAUAUACAAUAAAAAAUCAAAAAAUUUUUGGUUAACCCUGUAUAUAUAACUCAAUAUUUUGUCACCGAUUUAUUUUAUCUCGCAGUUCCUUUUUAUUACUCACGAAUGACAAAUAUUGAUUAUGAAAUUGUACGAGUAUAAAAUAUUUAAUUGUGUGUUAAUAUAAAAUUAUAGUUUCAAUAUAUUUAUUAACGGAUCUAUUACGAGUAGCGAAUAGAAGAAUCCUAUUGUAAACAAAAAAUAUGUAUAGCAAAACUUCUGUGUAGUUCACAUGUUAUAAAUUAUAAAAUAAAUAAAAG